UCUCGUCACAGUCGGUAACAAUGACAUUUGACAAGUGAGGUUAUAACAAAAUUCAACUUUAUUACAUAUAUUUCACGAAAAAAUUAUGGAUAUCGCGCUACUGAUCGCGCUAGCCGCAGUCGUCUUCUUACUCAUAAUAAGCAUCGCACUGUUUUUCAAACACUCAGAGAAACCUAAGCCAGAUGAGAGGCCGCGACCAGUCCCCCGCGCGAGGGAAGGCGUGCCGCGCAGAGCCCAAAUGGCGAGGAACAGAGGGGCGAGAUUGAGAGCCAACGCUGCCCAAGAACCGCCGCCUUCCGACGACGAGAACAACCGCAACGAGCGCGACAAUGACGUAGAAAUCCCAGACGGCGCCAAAAUCGGCGCUAAAAAGAAAGCCAAGCUCGAAGCUAAAGCCGAGAAGAAGGCGCAAAGAGAAGCCGAGGAGCAACAACGCGCUGAAAAACGAAAGAAAGAUCAGUUGGCUGAAGAAGAGCGCAAGAAAGCUGAAGCGAAAGUGGAAGCUGAAGAGAAGCGCAAGGAAGAGGAAGAGAAAAAAGCCAAAGAGGAACUGGAGAAACGCGAGUAUGAAGAAUAUUUAAAAAUGAAAGAAGCGUUUUCUGUGGAAGAGGAAGGCUUUGAAGAGGGGGAGGACGAAAAUCAGAUGAAUUUGCUACAAGAGUUCGUGCGCUAUAUUAAAAAUAACAAGGUCGUGGUUAUUGAGGAUUUGGCGGCCCAUUUUAAACUGAAAACGCAGGCGGCUAUUGACAGGAUCAAGGAUUUGCAAAAGGACGAUAUCCUUACGGGGGUUAUAGACGACCGAGGGAAGUUUAUUUUCGUUGCGCCGGAGGAGAUGGAGGCGGUGGCUAAGUUUAUAAGGCAGAGGGGGCGGGUCUCCAUCGCCGAACUAGCUGAAAAUAGCAAUAAGUUGAUUAAUUUGACGCCUGUAGGUGCUGGCGCUAAUUAAAUUUGUCACGAUUUA